CAAUACAAUAACUCAUAAUUUUGACUCAUCUCUUCCAAAUUCCAUUUCCAAAAACCAUGGCUUCCCAAGGCCUGCAUGAAGCAAAGAAGAAAACUAAAGCCAAACGAGCACUACGUUCCCUAGCAAUAGGAAUCUUGGUCCCACUCACCCUCACAUUAACCAUAAUCAUCCUCUUCGGCUCAGGCCGCAAGUACAACCGGCUAACCAAGCCGGUCUGGUUCGCGCCAUUAUGGUUCAUCCACUUAGCCACAUUGGGCUCAUCGUUCUUCAUGGGGCUCGCGGCUUGGCUCGUGUGGGCUGAUGGCGGGUUCCAAGGGGAGGAAUCAGAUGCAUUGUCUCUGUAUGUGGCGCAUGUGUGUUUGAGCAUUGUGUGGCACCCGCUUGUGCUUGUUAUGGGUGCGUUUUGGGUUGCGGCGGUUUCUUGCGUUGUGAAUUUUGGGACUCUGUAUCUGUGUUACUUGAGGUUUAGAAGGGUGAACCCUUUUGCUAAAGAUCUGGCUAAACCGUGUCUGUUGUGGGCUGCGUAUCUUACUGCUGUUAGCUUCAAGCUCUUGUUUCUUUGAUUGAUUGUACAGUUUUGUAGUGUUAUUAACUUCAUGGAUUAGCAAUGCGGGUAUGUUUUUUUAAGGAAUAGAAAAAUGUGUAAUUUUCAUUGUUGCAUGUUUUGCUAUUAACCUUUGGUGUUGAGUAUUUAGCAAUUACAAAAAUCACGAUGCAUUUAGCAGUGAUGACUCAUUUUAUCUUUUAACCAUGAGGUU